AAGUCCUUUCAAAACAUAAUAUAAUAUAAAAAUAGUUAAUUAAUAUGUCCCAAGAAUCAGACUAUUUUUUUUCUCUGACAUCAUCUAAUAUAACACCAUCUAAUGAAUCACCAAUUUUAAAAACAUCCCAGUUUAAAAAAUCAGAUGCAUGCCAGAAUCGUAAUAUACAAAGCAGUAUUUAUACACAAUCACCGGUACAUAUGUUGAAAUAUUCAUUUACUUUUUGGUAUAUGAAUCGUGCGUUUGGAAGUAGAAUAAAAGAUUAUGAAUCAUCACUGAAAAAGCUGAUAACAUUCUCAUCAGUUGAAGAAUUUUGGUCGAUCUAUGUUUACCUUAAACGUCCUGAUACACUUCCAGUUAUUUCAGAUUUACAUUUAUUUAAAGAAGGAAUCAGGCCAAUAUUUGAAGAUCCAGCUAAUCAAGAUGGUGGAAAGUGGACCCUUCGUCUUCGUAAAGGUAUAGUUGUUCGUUACUGGGAACAAUUAGUAUUAGCGAUUGUUGGUGAUCAGUUCUGGAAUGUUGGUGAUGAAUUAUGUGGUAUAGUUCUUAGUAUUAGAAAUUCUGAGGACCUUAUAAGUGUAUGGAAUAAAAGUUCUGAUAAUGGAAGAGUUAGUUUGAAAAUUCGAGACCUUAUAAAACAAAUCCUUAAUCUUCCAUUGGAUACCGUUUUAGAGUAUAAAGGACAUAAAGAUUCUUUCGUAGAUAUAUAUAACCAUUAUUCGUCUGAUAAAAAUUCUCGCCUUUACGAAAAAACAAAUACAACUAAACAUAAAGUCAUUGACAAUUAGAAAUCUGUAUUUUCUAUAUAAAUAAAUCUUUAAAUAUAAUUAAUUU